GUUUGGGUCCUUUUCCCUGCACGUGGACGCCUGCUGCCUGUGUAGCUGCAGUCUGCUUCAUGUUUUCAGGUUUAAUCGAGUAUUAAAGUAGUUUUAAAGGAUGGACGGUGAUACAAACACGAGCCCGGAGGCAGGCGCUGCCGUGGAGAGUACAGAGGACCCGGAGUCCUUCACUCAGGUGAAGUCUAAGAAGACUCAGAAACGGAAACGUGAACGGACCGGAGGGGACAUGGACACGGAGGGACCCGGGGACAGCAAGAGACCGCAGUUUCCUCCCAUAUCCAGCGACAAGUUAAAGGGACCAGAUGAGAUGCGAAAAAUCGCCGUCCCAGCUCACAGAUACACGCCGCUGAAGGAAAACUGGCUGAAGAUUUUCACCCCCAUCGUAGAAAACCUCCAGCUUCAAGUUAGAUUCAACCUCAAAACUAGGAAUGUUGAAAUCAAAACAUGCAAAGACACACAGGACAUUGGCUCGCUCACAAAGGCAUCAGAUUUUGUUAAAGCGUUUGUUCUGGGAUUCCAGGUUGAAGACGCCCUCGCUCUCAUCAGAUUAGACGAGCUCUUCCUAGAAUCCUUUGAUGUCACAGACGUGAAACCUCUGAAGGGAGACCACUUAUCCAGAGCCAUCGGAAGAAUAGCAGGGAAGGGAGGAAAAACCAAAUUCACCAUUGAAAAUGUCACAAAGACUCGUAUUGUGCUUGCAGAGACAAAAGUUCACCUAUUAGGGUCUUUCCAGAAUAUCAAGAUGGCCCGGACAGCGAUAUGCAACUUAAUCUUAGGAAGUCCACCUUCAAAGGUCUACGGCAACAUCAGGGUGGUGGCUAGCCGGACCGCCGAGAGAUUCUGAAGUCUGAUUGGCUGCUGCUUGUAUUUAUCCUUUUCCCUCGUUGGCUGGUGGAUUUCACACGUUGAUUUGUGACCGGACACCUCAGGUUUCUCUGUUUUGAACUCAUGCAAUAAGCUGACACAUUUUUGGAUCAGCUGACCGACAACCACGAUGCAUGAAUAAACAGAGUUCAAUUAUCUCUAAGAAGAAGUUUGUGUAAAUAAAAUAUUUCAAUCCCCACUAA